GCUCUCGCAAGGACCACAAUACUGGAGUUUGUUGGAUAAUCGUCGAAAAUGGCGCAACUGACAGCUCUUCUUUCGGUCUACGAUAAGACCAACCUCCUCGAUCUCGCGAAGGGCCUCUCCGAGGCGGGCGUUCGGCUGCUUGGUUCCGGAGGUACUGCAAAGCAGAUCAGGGCAGCUGGGAUUGAGAUCUCAGAUGUGAGCGACAUUACCAAGGCCCCUGAGAUGCUCGGUGGACGCGUCAAAACGUUGCAUCCAGCAGUGCACGGAGGCAUCCUCGCCCGCUCCAUCCCCUCCGACGAGGCCGACCUCGCUGCGCAGUCCAUCUCCCCGAUCUCCAUCGUCGUAUGCAACCUCUACCCAUUCACCUCCACGAUCGCCAAGCCAGACUGCACGCUCUCCGAUGCCGUCGAGGAGAUCGACAUCGGCGGCGUCACGCUCCUCCGCGCCGCCGCGAAGAACCACGCACGCGUCGUCGUGCUCUCCGACCCCUCCGACUACGCACCGUUCCUCAGCGCGUGGGCGGAGGGCAAGGGCGACGUCGGUCAGGGUUUGCGCAGCUCGUUGGCGCUCAAGGCGUUUGAGAUGACGGCGCGGUACGAUGAGGCGAUCAGUGGGUAUUUCAGGGAGCAGUAUGCGUCGGCGGAGAAGGGCGACGAGCUCGUCGGGCCUGUGCAACGGAUGGUGCUGAGGUACGGGGCGAAUCCGCAUCAGAAGCCGGCACAGACGUAUGUUACGGAGGGGGAAAUUCCGUUCAAGGUUUUGAGCGGAUCGCCUGGAUACAUCAACCUUCUCGACGCUCUGAACUCGUGGGCACUCGUCAAGGAGCUCCAGGAAGCGCUCAACCUCCCUGCAGCUGCGUCGUUCAAGCACGUCUCUCCCGCCGGUGCCGCUGUUGGCAUCGAACUCGACGAUGCCGAGAAGCAGGUGUACGGUGUCGAGGAUCUCAAAGAGCCCCUGACGCCACUCGCAUGUGCCUACGCCCGUGCUCGCGGCGCCGACCGUAUGUCGUCUUUCGGAGACUUCAUCGCCAUCUCCGCACCAUGCGACCUCGCCACCGCCAAGAUCAUCUCUCGUGAGGUGUCCGAUGGUAUUAUUGCUCCCGGAUACUCGCCAGAAGCCCUCGAAGUGCUGAAGAAAAAGAAGGCUGGCAAAUACUGCAUCCUUCAGAUGGACCCCGCCUAUGUCCCCUCUGAGGUAGAGACUCGCCAAGUGUAUGGCAUUCACCUACAACAGCGCCGCAACGAUGCCAAGAUCGGACCGGAGCUCUUCACCAACGUCGUCACCCAAAACACCUCCCUCACCAAAGAAGCCCUCACCGACCUCACCCUCGCCACUCUCGCGCUCAAAUACACGCAGUCAAACAGUGUCGCAUACGCCAAAAACGGGGCCAUCAUCGGUCUCGGCGCCGGCCAGCAGUCGCGCGUGCACUGCACGCGCCUCGCGGGGUCCAAGGCGGACAACUGGUGGCUGCGGCACCACCCGCGCGUGCGCGCGCUGCCGUUCAAGAAGGGCACGAAGCGCGCGGACAAGGCGAACGCGAUCGACCUGUUCGUGGGCGGGGAGGUGCUCGAGGGCGGUGAGCGCGCGCAGUGGGAGGCGCUAUUUGAGGGCGUGCCGCAGGCGCUGAGCGAGCAGGAAAGGAGAGAGUGGGCUGCGCAGUUGGAUGGCGUGGCGUGUUCGAGCGAUGCGUUUUUCCCGUUCCCGGAUAAUGUGCAUCGCGCGAAGAGGAGCGGGGUGAGGUAUCUUGCGGCGCCGAGCGGGAGUGUGAUGGAUGCGGAGUGUGUGAAGGCGGCGGACGAGCAUGGGAUUGUGUUUGCGCAUACGUCGCUGAGGUUGUUCCAUCACUAAAGAAUUGAGAUGAGAAGAAGUUGUGUACUUGAGUAUGUAGAGUAGUAGACUAAAAAGCCUCAGGGCGCUGCUUCAGAAUAAACAUCUGUUAACCC